AUGGUUGACGAGCAUUACAUAGACUACUCCCAACUUUUGGCACAAUUGCUAGAUAAGGAUGGCGAACUCAACGAGACUACAGUCUCAUUCCUGUACCAUUUGUUUCCUAGUGACUUCUUUGUGAGAGCUAUGUCUCUCAUCGAUUCCAACAACAUGUUUAUCUAUGUGUUUGAAAGGGAUGAAACCAGUGCUGCUCUGACUACUAGCGUCGGCACAGAACCGGACGAAGUGGAAACAACAACUGAAACUCUCAGGACUUCCCCGUCACCACCAGUUGCAAGUGAGCAAGAACUGGGGAAUGCGGUCCAAUCGAGUGCCCUCAUCAACACACUCUACGAGAAGCCACAAUCUGUGCUACAUAGGCUCAUAGUUAAGCAAGAGGGUCCUCAAAGUCCGCCAGUGUGCGUUGACCUCCGCCACUGGUUCUGCUCUUGCGACGAAUACAACACGCUAUUUGAGGAAAGAAUGCUCACAGACGAAGAACCAUCACUGUACUCCAAGGCCACAACAGAACUACGUGCCGGCGCAUCUAUUACUGACUCUUUCGCGUCUAUGCCACCGAAGGGUGCUUCCCGACGCUAUUUCAGGCACGACAUCAUCAUGUGUCCCCAUCUAUUAGCCUUUGCCAUCCUGCUACAAACAACUCCCGAGUUGCUGACCUAUUUUACGCAUAAAGCAGCUACGGUUUACCUAAUAACCAUUCAAAACCUUGACGAGUGGUUAAAACUACACUUGAACGUCGUCAUCUGA